AUGACUAUCUCAAUCCCGCUCAGUAUGCACGCAUGGAGGAAACACAAGGGGAACCCAUCGCCAGUGUGGGAAGAGGUCCCCGUCCCUGGAGUACCCCGCCGUGGGUUCUUAGUCAAGCUGCUCGCUUCUGGGGUAUGCCACAGCGAUCAGGCACUGCUUGACGUUGAAGACCGCCCGCAUUUCAACGAGAAAUACACCCUCGGCCACGAAGGGUGCGGGGAAAUCAUAGCUAUCGGGGAGGACGUCAACGAUUCUCGAUUCCGUCUGGGUACAAGAAUCGCCUGCGUGGCCGUGCCAGGCUGCGGCGCAAAGAGCUGCUCCGAAUGCUCGCGGGGUCUAGACCAGCUGUGUCCGAACGGACAACACCAUGGAAUCGGACAAGACGGGUUCUACGCCCCAUAUGUUGCGAUAGACGCUCGAGGAGCCGUUCUCGUUCCUGAAGGCGUCCCCUCUGCAGUGGCUGCAGUAGCCACCGACGCCGUAAACACAGCCUACCAUGGGAUCGUGCGCCGGGCCGAAGUAAAAAAGGAAGAGACUGUCUUCCUGUUCGGGCUGGGCGGCUUGGGGUUCAAUGCUCUGCAGGUUGUGCGGUACAUUGGGGCCCGCGUCAUUGUGUCGGACUUGCGGAGCGAGAAACUGGAGUUGGCGGUGCAGAAGGGUGUGCCCCGUGAGGAUGUCGUUUCUGUGGGAAAUGGCAUUCCUGAAUUCGUGGUGGAUAAUGGGCUGCAGGGGAAGAUAGACACGGUCCUGGAUUUUGUGGGAUCGCAUCAGACAUUUCAUGAUGCUCAACAGAUUGUCCGACCUGGCGGAAAGAUUCUCUGCGUGGGCACCCAUCACCGCCAAAACGAGGUUGACAUGAAGAUCGGCAUUCGCAAGAGACUUAGUAUUAUCUUUACAUAUGGAGGGCUGCCCGAAGACCUGGUUGCGGUCCUGGACCUGAUUGCUAAGGGGACGAUCCAGCCGCGGGUGGAAACAAAGACUCUGCCGGAGAUGCCGACUGUGUUGAAGGAUCUUUGUGCUGGGAAGAUUCAGGAUCGAGUUGCUUUGAUCUCUUAG